AUGGUCGUUGCAUUGUUGGUGCUGGUGCCGGAGGGAACGAUGCUAGUGACGGGUGUCAAGCCACCCUCUAUGGCGGUUCUGUCAGAAAGUAUGGAGCCUGCAAUUAAAAGGGGCGAUAUGGUGUUUGUGCACAACAUGAGCAAUGAACCUUUCCGCAUAGGAGAGAUCAUUCUUUUCAAAGUUGAUGGCUUUGAACAUCCAGUUGUCCAUCGUGUGAUCAAGGUUCACAAGCACCGGGAUACCGGAGAAAUUCGAAUACUCACCAAAGGAGACAACAAUUCAGUGGACGAUCGGUUUCUCUAUCCAGUUGGGCAGCCCUGGCUUCAGCCGCAUGAUAUUAUUGGACGGGUUGCGAGCUAUCUGCCAUAUGUUGGAUGGCCUAGUGUUUUCAUCAGCGAAGCUUAUAAGUCAAUUCAGUACACGGUCGACAUGAUUCUAACACCUUCUUUGGAAGGUAGAUUUUGA